CACGAAGCUGAUGGUGUUCCAGGCAGCAAGACCUAAGAGAGGCAGUGAGUCCGUUGGCAAGCCAGCAGCAGUGAUCAACUAGAAUCGGGUAAAACAACAGAUAUUCAAGAUAAACAAAAUGACGGAUAAAAAGCAGAAGAAACCGAUGAGCGCAUCGGAUUAUAUCAAGCAUAUGCCACACCUCCAGGGCAAGCCCCUGACUACUCAAAACCAGUAUUCAGCUUUAGCAGAAUUUCCACCUCUAUCUUAUUCAAAGGCCGUAAUCUCACAGUCAGGCCAAUCCUCAAACACUAAUCAACCACCUUUUCAAAAAGCCAGUUAUCAUCUCAAAUCCUACAACCAACACUUAAACACAACCCACUAUACCAAAGAAAUCACCCUUAAAGAACUAUAUUCUUACACCAACCACCUCUUUUACGGUGAUGCCCUGAAUCCAACAGAUAACGUAACCAAAAACCGUACCUUUUAUGAGUAUAUUCUGGUAGACUCUAAAUCUAUCGAAGUUACUCAUUACCCAGAUCCAAAAAACCCUAACCAUAUCUCCUAUUCAACCUGUAAAAUACUCCGCGUUGCAUCUAUGCAACAGCUUGGUAUUCUCAACCUCCAUACCUCAAAAAACUUUUCUCAGCCUGGAUUUGUUCUCCCCGGCUAUACCUACGUUGACUAUAUGCAAGCCUUUUUUCGUGUUCUCUACCUACGACCCUAUGACCAUUCCUGGUUCUUAUCCUUUGACCAGCGGUUCAAUAAACACGUACCAGGUUGGUUCAACGAAUGGUGGCACUGGUUUGGACCCAUUGACCAAAUCUAUCCACCAGAAAUAAUCAAGACUUCUUAUCCAUUCUACACCAAACACCUACCCAACACCAAUCCCAUUGGACCUCUAAACAAAAUUUACUUCCAUACAGACAUGGGAAUUCCAUGGAUCUGUUCUUGGCAUUUCAACCUUGUCCUAGCCCUACCUAAUAUGCCAUACUCCUUAGUCAAAGAAUUUCGUGUCAAGUGGUGGGACAAAUAUAACAUCGAAAGAUGUUCCCUGACUAAUAUCAAGAAAUUAUUUGACGCAAAUAAACAAGACCACCUUUUAAUCAAAUCCGUCUCCCGCUCUAUUCCACUCUUAACCCCAUCACAAAUAGCCAACAUUCCUCCUUAUCAUCCACCAACCCAAAUCAAACAAGAACCACCAAGCCCAGCUAAAAACAAAAAACCAUCAAGCCCUACCCAUUCAUCCUCCUCAUCCCAAAAAUCCAAAUCAAAAAAAUCCAAACUUCAAGCUAUGAAGGAAACCCUCAAGGCACUUAGUCAAGAAAUGAUGAAUAUAUCGUCCGACGACGAUAGUGUUCACGGUCAAGAACCCGCCGAAAAUCCUGAAGAUCUAUUUGGCGGACCAUUAAGUCAAGACCCUUUUGUUUUGUAA